AUGGCUGCUGUGUGUGAAGACCCCCCCAGCCCCCGCUCCGGCUCGCCUGCGCCCGAUUCCCGGCCUGCCGUGGGCCGUCGAGCCCCCCAAGUCAUGGCCCGAUGUUUCUCGACCGGGUCGGCCAUAUCGCACGGAUCCGCAACGAGUAGCGAAGCCUCCCAUUUGCGGGAAUCUUAUGGCAGCAAUGCCUCGGCAUCCUCGCGCCAUUCCACAGGGAGCUAUCCUCCCCUGGGCCGCACCGACACUGGCGCCGCUGCCGACACUCAGGUGAAUGGGAGGAGGAGCACGAGCAGACGACGAGGUUACAUGCGUCCGCAGGGGACCGACUUUGCCGCCAGUGCCCGUGCCCGCGAGAGUGUUCUCAGCUUGGGGAGCAUCGCACAUUUGCAGUACUACUUUGCACGAACCGGCCUGCUCGAUGGCAAAGGGGGGCGGUUGAUGCGGAAACGGGAGAAUCGGCCACAGACACUGGACCUCUCUGCCCUGGACCCGAGCGCCUUCCUCUCACCCAAGACUUUAGGAAGCGACCACGAUUCGAGCUAUGCCUCCAUGGGAAGCAGCCCAGACUUGACCAUCCAGAGCGGCUUCACCAACACCACCUUGGGCACGGGGUCCCUCGUCGAAUCGCCCGUUGAGGACCACGCUGGCGCAGAACAGCAAGAUGAGGAAUUCUUCGAAGACGAGUUCGACGAGCAUAUGCUGCCGCCCACAACAAGCACCUACAACCACCGCGAGAAGCCGCUCCCCAAGCCGCCGACCAUGGCCGAGUUACGGUCCGAACUGACACGCUCGCUUGGCGUGGCCGCGCAGACGUUGAAGGAGGCUAGGGCCGCCAGACCGCCCGCAGAAACCGUCACAAUUCAUGUCGAGUCCGCGAGUCAACCCCCAGAUGCGCCACCUGUGCCCGAAGAGCGGCGGCGGCCCUCCAUCUUCCAGCCUGACGCCGAUGCCGGUUGGUACGAGAUUCAAGGGAUGAGCGUUCUUGAUGUCAUGACUCUGGCCAUCCGGGCCGCCAAGAUCUACUACACAUCCCAUGACCGACCCGACCGUCUCGACGCCAUCAAGUCCGAGAAGCAGUUGCGUGGCGAGCUGCUGUCCGUCAUGGACAUUCUCAAACGCAUGGCAACCCGUCUCUUCACUGGCGGUAUGCGCGAAGAGGAGUUCCGCACCAUGGAAUCCUGGAUCGACGGGGUACGCGCUAUGCUGGCCGCAGAAGACCGCCUCGAGGCGGCAGAAAUUGCCGAGCGCAAGACGUGGACGUGGAUGCACCCCGAAGGCUGGGAGGGUCGCGAAUUCGAGCGAGAAGAGGCCUUCAUGCGUUCCAUGCUGAAGGGGCCAGAUCCGAUCGCAAAUAUGCCCUUCCUGCCGAAAUGGACGCCCAUCGACCGGAGCCGACCUUUAGACGCGCAGUCUCUGCCCACUCCCUUCCUCGCGGCAUUGUCAAACGGCCAGCGGCUCGUCCAGCUGCACAACUGCGCCGUCAACAAGUCACGCAGGCGCUUUGGUGCCAUCCCGACUUUCUAUGCCGACACGCAGAAGCCGUACCGCGCCGCGGAUAACCUGCGCUACUGGCUUAAGGCUGCCGAGCUGCGAUGGGAAGUGCUGCUAAAGGCGGACCCUCUCGGCCUGCAGUACAAUACAAGGCCGGAGCUCUGGGUCGAGUUUGAGGACGCCGUGCUCCAGUGGUGCCGCAAGGUGCGCCAGGAAAUUGUGACCGAGCUGCAGGAGCCGGAACAGGAUUGA